GCUCCUGGCCAGUCUCAGAAAAUCAGGCAACAGUACUGAAGAUCAAAACUGGGUGGGUCUCCUGUUUACAAAGCAUGCACUCCUGUCCUUAAGUUGCUCACUGAUUGGUGGAUUCCGUUUGGCGCCAACUAGGAAAUGAGGGCGGGGCAGCGGCGGGUGCCAGAGAGCAGCUAUUUACCGCGAAAGGCCACUUCGGCGGCGACAGCCCAGGAAGGAGGUGAAGGUCGCCCUGUUUGCUGCGACCCUGGCUAGGAAGUGGAAGAGACAGAGUGAAAAAGACGGAAACAGUGAUCCUGGGCCGUUGCCUCGCGACUCUCCCUUCUCCUCUCCUCGACUUGCCGCGUUUGUUUAGAUUUAAUCUUGAGGUUGCCGGCGCCCGCCCGCCCGCUGGCCGCGCGGGCUGAGAGGGGACGCACCCGUGCAUGUGGCCGGCGCCUGCCCGCUCCGCACCGCCACCCGUCCGCGCCGCGUACCGGCGUCAGCGGCAGCCCUGAACCGCGGGGUCGUGUUUGUGUUUGACCCGCGGGCGCCGGUGGCGGGGCGCGCGGCCGAGGCGGGUGCCGGCGGGGCGGGGCGGGGGCGGCGGAGGCGGAGGGAGAAGGAGCGAGAGCCCAGGGAGACCGGGCGCCGCCAUGGAACUGGGCCCGGAGCCCCCGCACCGCCGCCGCCUGCUCUUCGCCUGCAGCCCCCCUCCCGCGCCUCAGCCCGUCGUGAAGGCCCUGUUCGGCGCGACGGCCGCCGGGGGCCUGUCGCCUGUCACCAACCUGACGGUCACCAUGGACCGGCUGCAGGGGCUGGGCAGUGAAUAUGAACAGCCACCGGAGGUGAGAAAUAGCAGUCUUCAGAGAAUGGGGUCCUCAGAGUCUACUGAUUCAGGUUUUUGUCUGGAUUCUCCUGGACCUUUGGACAGCAAAGAAAACCUUGAAAAUCCCAUGAGGAGAAUAAAUUCCCUACCUCAGAAGUUCUUGGGGUGUAGCCCAGCAUUGAAGAGGAGUCAUUCUGAUUCUCUUGACCAUGUCUUUCAGCUGAUGGACCAGGAUGAGAACAAGGAAAAUGAAGCCUUUGAAUUUAAGAAGCCAGUAAGACCUGCAUCUCGUGGCUGCCUACACUCUCAAGGAUUUGAGGAGGGUAAAGAUCUCUUCACACAGAGACAGAACUCUGUCCCAGCUUGGAUGUUUUCCUCAAAUGAAAGAGAUAGUGAUCCAGGGAGUGUUAGUCCAUUUUUUAUGCCACAGUCACCUGUGACUGCCACUUUAUCAGAUGAAGAUGAUGGCUUCAUGGAUCUUCUUGAAGGAGAGAAUCUAAAGAAUGAUGAUGAGACCCCAUCAUGCAUGGCGAGCCUCUGGACAGCUCCUCUUGUUAUGAGAAGAACUACAAAUCUCGGCAAUCGAAGCAAGCAAUUUGACUCCCCUUCCACAUAUAGCUCCAAUACCCGAUCAAUGUUGAAGAGAUCAGAACGAUCUCAAGAGGAAUCUCCACCUGGAAAUCCAAAGCGGAGGAAGAGUGUGGCUGGGACAAGGCCUGAAGAGGCUGGUAGUCCAGAGAAACACCAGGAGAGUCCUCAUCAAUCUUUAUCUUUGGCAUAUUCUCCAAAAGGAACCAUUGAGAACAUUUUGGAUAAUGACCCAAGGGACCUUAUAGGAGACUUUUCCAAGGGUUAUCUCUUUCGUACAGUUGCUGGGAAGCAUCAAGAUUUAAAAUAUAUCGCUCCAGAAAUUGUGGCAUCUGUUUUGAAUGGCAAGUUUGCCAACCUCAUUAAAGAGUUUGUUAUCAUUGACUGCCGCUACCCAUAUGAAUAUGAGGGAGGCCACAUCAAGGGUGCAGUAAACUUGCACAUGGAAGAAGAGGUUGAAGACUUUUUGCUCAAGAAGCCCAUCACACCAACUGAUGGCAAGCGUGUCAUAGUUGUGUUCCACUGCGAGUUUUCUUCUGAACGAGGCCCUCGCAUGUGUCGGUAUGUGAGAGAGAGAGACCGCCUUGGUAACGAAUACCCCAAACUCCAUUACCCGGAGCUGUAUGUCCUAAAGGGCGGUUACAAGGAGUUCUUCCUGAAAUGCCCGUCUCACUGUGAGCCACCCAGCUACCGGCCAAUGCACCACGAAGACUUUAAAGAAGACCUCAAGAAGUUCCGCACUAAGAGCCGGACCUGGGCGGGGGAAAAGAGCAAAAGGGAGAUGUACAGUCGUCUGAAGAAGCUCUGAAGAUGGCAGUGCCCAGGAGCAGAAGCCUCCCUCCAUCAUCCUCCCCUUCUCCUCUUUGCUGCAGAGAAGUUUGACAAAGAGACCAGCUGUUUACACCUGGAAAAAAAGGCCCAGGGCUUCCACACCUUAAACCUACUUGCCACACUCCUGAAGUCGGAGCCCUGAGUAUCCGCUGGCUGCAUCUCUUCUGUCCCUGAGCCAUCCUCUCCUGCCAUCAGAACUGUGCCAAGGCUGUAGGCUGUCACCACAGCACAGAGCAAGAUGUUCUGACUCCUCAUCCCCCACAGUGGGAGGAACUUCCUCACCAGGCCGGGCCUUCAUUCAGGAGGGCAGGGAAGAAGAGUGGGAUUGGAGAGAAGUAAUAAUGGAAACACUGCUUGCCAAAUACCAAAGACAGCCUGGGAAGGAAAGAGCUUUGUAGGGUCACCUAUGUCUUUAAUUUAUUCAACUACAUCAAUCACUUUAUUUUUGUUUUUUACUUUUUUUUUUAACUCCUGGAGACUUACUUAACUCCUUUAAGUCAAAAUACUGCCAUUCUAGGUAGGGUUUUAGCAUCCCAGGGACUACCUCUGCUUUUAAUAUUUUU